AUGAGGUAUUUGCUACAGGUGCUGCUGUGCUUGACUACUGCGCUGUGCGUAAAGUCUGCUGUUGUGCCGAACAGAAGAAACAAAGUCACCGAGGCAGUGUCUUAUCUCAGACAAUUUGGCUACCUCGAUAACCAAGUGGAUCCAGAAGAACAGGGACCGUUGAAUGAUGACGCUGUUGAGGAAGCCCUCAGGGUCUUUCAGAGAGUGUCAGGUUUGCCAAUCUCAGGAAAGAUUGAUAAUGCCACACUGACGAAAAUGAGACAGCCACGAUGUGGACUGCAAGACACUUUCAACCAGAAGUUCAUGAAAUACAGACGGUUUGGUGGGACUUGGCGAAAAAGCAGCUUAACCUACCGUAUCUACAACUACACCCCGGAUUUGGGGAAGGCAGGCACCCAGAGGGCCAUCCGGUCUGCGUUUAAGUACUGGAGUGACAUCACUCCACUGAGAUUCAAAGAGGUCAGCAAUGGCUAUGCUGACAUUAGGAUCUCGUUCCAUGGGAAGGACAAGUGUCUGUCGCCUUUUGACGGACGAGGCCAUGUGCUUGCUCAUGCAGAGGCUCCCCCGUCAGGACUCAUCCACUUCGAUUCAGACGAGUACUGGACCGAGGGCAAAUAUUAUGGCUCCAACCUGCGCAUUGUGGCUGCCCACGAGAUAGGCCACGCUCUUGGUCUGGGUCACUCCGAAUACAGCAGCGCACUGAUGGCGGCUCACUAUACCGGUUACCGUGCCAACUUCAAAUUGCACCCAGAUGAUAUCAGAGGCAUCCAGGCCCUUUAUGGUACACGAGACUCUGUCACAGACAGUGAUGAUAAUAACCAUGUACCCUCUUCCUUCACCACUCCUACUCCAAAGGGAGAUGUCCCAAAUCCUUGUGAUGCCAGAUUGGAUGCAGUUAUGCUGGGUCCUUGGCGUAAAACCUUUGCCUUUAGUGGGGACUACAUGUGGACAGUAUCGGACUUGGGAUACAACACACCAGUCAAGAUCAACCUCUUGUGGAAAGGACUGCCAGGGAACAUCAAUGCAGCUGUGCACUCCCAGAGAACAAACAAAACCUACUUCUUUAAAGGAAGCAAAGUGUGGAGGUAUACAAAUUUCAUACUUGACUACGGAUACCCCAAAGAGCUCAAAAGACUUGUUCCUAACAUCGAUGCAGCCUUGUACUUGGAGAGAAACAAGAAACUUUUCUUUUUCAAGGGCUCUGGCUACUGGCAAUGGGAUGAGCUGGUGUACAAUGACAUGAGUAUUUACCCCAAACCCAUCUCCAGCCUCUUCACUGGUGUCCCCUCCAAUCCUGAUGCAGCGUUCACCUGGACCAACGGUAAGAUCUACUUCUUCAAGGGUGACAAGUACUGGCGCGUGAACGACCAGCUGACAGUGGACUCCGGUUACCCGCUCAGCAAGCGAGAGCGCUGGAUGCGAUGCUAA